AUGCAUGUCUGCAAACAGAUUGAGCCUGUGUCCACAGAGAUGCAUGCCUGCAAACAGAUCCAGCUUGUGUCCACAGAGAUGCAUCCCUGCAAACAGAUUCAGCCUGUGUUCACAGAGAUGCAUGCCUGCAAACAGAUUCAGCCUGUGUCCACAGAGAUGCAUGCCUGCAAACAGAUUCAGCCUGUGUCCACAGAGAUGCAUGCCUGCAAACAGUGCGCAGACAUAUCUGCUUACAUCCCUGAACCCACAGAUGUGGUUCCCCUACAGCCUGAAGUGAGCAGCUACCGGCGCGGGCGCAAGAAACGCGUGCCCUACACCAAGGUGCAGCUGAAGGAGCUAGAAAAGGAGUACGCAGCCAGCAAGUUCAUCACCAAAGAGAAGCGCCGGCGCAUCUCAGCCACCACGAACCUCUCGGAGCGCCAGGUCACCAUCUGGUUCCAGAACCGGCGGGUGAAGGAGAAGAAGGUGGUCAGCAAAUCUAAAGCGCCUCAUCUCCACUCCACCUGA